GUCUUCGCAUCUUGAUUUAUGGAGACUCAUUGACGGCGGGGGCUCCUUCUUUUACCCCUUUCGGGGAGGCCCUUUGUCAGUCUCUGGAAUCCAAGGGAUAUCAGGUGCAUGCGACCAUUUGUGGCCUUUGCGCCUCCACUGCACAUCAGAUGCUGGCAGCAGUGGAGGAGCCAUUGGUACUGGAUACCUUGGGAAGUCGUUGGGGCUCCGGGCUCUUACCGCUCCUACACUCUUCUGGCACUACCGUGGAUCUUGUCUUGCUCAUGGUAGGCACCAAUGAUCUGGCGCAGCCUACUCCAUCAGAUGAGAUCUUCGCUGCUGUGCGUGGGCUUCAUGCAGUCUGCCACAGCGCUGGUGUGCGGACUGUUGCUCUUGGCAUCCCAGAUGCCGGAGGCAGGGGAGUAGCCCGCUUGGGCCGCGGGCUCGUAGCGCGCAAGCAGGCAGUCAAUGAGUCCUUGGCCCACUGGGCCCGCAAUGGGGUCGGACUCAGUGGGCCUGAGCUCUUCAUCAACACCGUGGGUCUCAUGCCCUUUGGCCCAAAGAGUCGCCAAGCAGGAGUCUGGGCUAGCUUUGGCGUAUAA